AUGCAAAACAAUCUCAAUCUUGCCAGCCUCGCCGCUUUGGCGGGCCUUCAUGCCUCAACCCAAGCCAUCAGCAUCGGCUUCGGCCAACAAAUCAUCGAGCAUGGCGGCAACAAGUGCCUCGAGUGGACCACCUGGGUGCACGGCGAGAGCGCAUGCCCGGAAGCUCACGAUCUCACGGCUCAGCAAAACGAUCCAUGUAACAUCGAAUUCUCGCACUGGGGCACCACCUUCAAGUUCUUGGACUGCAGCAGCGAUAACAUCCCUGGCGCGGUUAUUGAUGUUACGCAUCCUGAUGUCGAGGUGAGCUGCAGUAGCAGCAAUGACAAGAAGGUCCAUUGCCAUGGGGAUCAGCAUGAUAUUAUCCAGAAGGUGCAGUGUGUGGACUGA